AUGGGAACGGCUUCAGUCUUUGUUCCCAUACCAAAGGUUACAAAGUUAGAGCUGGUUUUCAAUGAUCUAGUUUAUAUGGCUGGUGAGACAGUCGAAGGGAGAGUAAUCUUGGAGUUGAAUGAUCCUUUGUUCCUUUAUUCGGUGAAACUGAAGAUAUCAGGCAAAGGAUUUGUGGAGUGGAUUGGGGAAUCCAACGAGUGUCUAGAUUACAGCAGGAAAAUCCAUUGCAGUAACAAAGAAGAUUAUAUUCAACAUAUGGUCACAUUAUGGGGAGCAGAUCAUGAUGCCGAGGGAUUAGAACAGGUUCUUGAAGCUGGCACCCAUGACUUCCAAUUCAGCUAUAAACUAAAUGAUUCCCUUCCAUCCAGCUUUAAUGGCAAACAUGGCAAAAUUCAUUACCACGUGCGAGCACUCUGCACAGCCACUAGUGGAACCAUAGCACUGGUGGAAAAGGACUUGAAAAUACAAGAAACUUUCAACCUUAACAUGGACCCUGCUAAUAAGCUUCCUCUGGUGUUUGCAGCUGAGAGAGACAUCUCAUACUGGUGCUGGAAGUUCCCAGGAGUCGCAAUGAACGUAACAGUGGACAAGAGUGGGUUCGUCCCAGGCGACGACAUCAUCAUCACGUGUGAAAUAAGCAACCAAACACCAAAGUACCUGCGUCUAAUAUCAUACACCAUUGCCGCUGAGAUCAAAUACAAAGCGUUUAUCCAGGAGGCCUUUUGUGACCAUUAUCGGGAAUUAAUUGAGAAAACCAAUCUGAAGACGAUGCAGGCACGAAUUGAGGCACCACCAAGACAGGUCACAAAAAUCCUUGGAUCCUUACAGCUGCCAAAACCAAUGUUUGUCACUGACAUGUCGAGGUGUAAGAUCAUAUCAGUCUCAUACCAGCUGGUAGUAGCAAUCCCUAUUCCAGCGCAUCGAAUCAUGGUUACUACUACAGCUCCGAUUAAGAUUGGAACAGUUCCUGUCCGCCUCACUCUAUAG